GAUUCUUAACUUCUCAGAACGUAAAUAAACAUGGCAGAUCCAGGACGUAGGCAACAACAAGAGUCAUUGUCUAUGACAUCCACUGCUAUUGAAAUCGAUAAUCUUAUUGAAAUAGAUGAAAUGAAGAAUUCAUUGCAGAAGCUAUCUGAAGAAGAGAUUUCCAUUGAUGAAGAAUUGAAAUUACUUUUAGAUCAUCAAGGUAUUUUGGAAAAUAAAAUGUCCAGUUUGCACAAAAUGAUUCCUAAUUUACAGAUUCUAGAAGCUGACUCCAAGCAACUUUGUGGAAUGAUUUCUUUUACAUCAACUUUAGCUGAAAAUGUCAGCAGUAAAGUCAGAAAGCUUGAUCUUGCCAAGAGUAGAGUUGUUGAUUGCAUGCAACGCGUUGAAGAUAUUCUGGAUCUCAAAUUUUGCACAGAUGGUGUUCAGACAGCUUUACAGAAUGAGGAUUAUGAGAAAGCUGCAGCCCAUAUCCAUCGAUUUAGAGGCUUAGAUGAAACUGUUAUUAGAAUGAGUGCCGAUACAAAUGAAGGGGGUACACUCACAAGUUCAUUCAAAAUGCUUUAUGAAGCAGAGGAGAAAUUAAAAUCUAUUGUGCACAGCAAAUUUGAUGCAGCCGUCCACCAAGGAGAUAUUGCAUCUGUGGAAAGAUUUUUUAAACUAUUUCCUUUGUUGGGCAUGUACUCUGAAGGUCUUACAAAAUUUGGGAAACAUUUAGCAGCUCAGCUAUCAGAGAAAGCUGAUGGAAAUUUAAAAAUUACACUUUAUCCUGACUCAACAGACAAGAGAGCUCAUGUGAUGUUUGCUGAUACUUUAACACUAUUAUUUGAGAGCAUUGCUCGUGUUGUAGAAAUCCAUCAGCCACUAGUGGAGACUUAUUAUGGGCCAGGCAAACUGUUUCAACUUUUAAUGAUCUUACAAAAAGAAUGUGACAGACAGUGUCGAAAGAUAUUUGAACAUUUCAAAACACAUAGAGAUUACAGUGGAAAGGUGAAAAGAGUUCAACAAAAUGUAUCAGUAAUGAAAACUGACAAGCUUGACCCAAAGGAGCUGGACAUUUUGUUAUCAGAAAUGGUUUUAUUGAGUUCAAGGUCAGAACUAUAUCUGAGAUUCAUGCGCCGUCGAGCUAUAAGUGAUUUAGAAGCAGCCGAGUCAGACUCACAAUCACAAUCUGAUGGUCUUAAAGAAAUCGAUCAAUUUUUUAGUGGCUGUGAACUGAAUAGGAUGAUCCAAGAAAUUAUUGGCAAUUAUAUCUUGAUGGAAGAAUAUUUUAUGAGGGAAAUGAUAAUAAAGGCUGUCACUAUGGAUAGCUCAGAGGAAGGUCAACAAACAUCAAGUAUGGUAGAUGAUACAUUCUUUAUAGUCAAGAAAUCAGUCAGGAGAGCUAUUUCCAGUUCGAGUGUAGAUGGUGUCUGUGCCAUGCUUAAUCAUGCCUGCACAAUUUUAGAGCAAGAUUUUGGAGAAGUAUUGCUAUCUCGACUCCGAGCUGGCUAUCCAUAUGGUUUUGACUUGCAGCAUGCCUACAACAUUGUUCAGUCCAGUUUGCAGCAUGGAAAACUACAGAGUUCAUCAGACUCCAAAUCUAGAUCUCAGUUUCUGACAACAUUAAAUAAUGUUGAAGUCAGCUGUGAUUAUUGUAAAGCUCUGAAAUCUAAUUUGGAGGAAGACAUCUCAAAACUUUAUCCCCAAUGUUCUGAACAAAGUAGAGCAAAACUGGAGAGCUGUCUAGGAGAAGUGAUCAGUGUAUCCAGUAAAUUCAAAGAAAUUGUUGACUUUGGCUUCAAUCAGCUUGCAUCUAGUGCAGUCAAGCCAAGAAUUAAACCUCUGAUAGACUCCUUUUUGUCUACCAGUCACAACAUUUCUGAUGAGGAGUUUUCUAACUAUGAGGCUAAUGAUCCAUGGGUUCAGAAUGUCAUAGUGAGCUUAGAUGCAACAUUGACAACAUUCAAGGAGGCAAUGACACAAUCAAAUUAUGACAGAUUUGCUACAGCAGUAUCAGGAGAAAUCACCCAACAGUUAGAGAAAGCUGUGACUAAAACUACUUUCAAUAGGCUGGGAGGUCUUCAAUUCGAUAAAGAGUUGCGGGCCUUAGUUGGCUAUUUAUCAUCUGUUACCACAUGGACUGUUCGAGAUAAGUUUUCAAGAUUAAUGCAAAUGGCAACCAUUUUAAAUUUAGAGAAGGUUUCAGAAAUAAUGGACUAUUGGGGCCAAAACUCUGGACCAUUAACUUGGCGUUUAACACCUACUGAAGUACGACAAAUCCUGGCAUUAAGAAUUGACUUCAGAAGUGAAAACAUCAAACGAUUAAAACUCUAAAUAGAAGUCACAAACAUUUGAGCACCUGCUUAACACUUGGCCUGGGAUAUUUUUCCAGGCUUGUGUUUCAGUGUAAUGAACUUUAGGUUCAACUUGUUAGAUGCAUCACCAUGAAAAUUAGGUCCAAAAGGUACAUGGCCAGGAUCCUUAGGUUGAACUUGUGUGAUACAUGGGUCCAGUCUUUAGGGUUUGUCUAUUUAAACAAAAAAUAAACCUUUUUUUCUUAAGCAGCUUAUUUGUUAACGAAGUUGAUUUUAUUAAUUGGUCAGAAAUGAAACAAUUACUUUCAAGUUCUAAUAAACAUAUUUUAUGUGAGACUGGCAAACUGUUGCUUGUAUUAACUAUUCUAUCAAAACUGAACUACAAAAAUGCAAUGGUUUCUACCCUGUUCAGUUGACUGUAUUCAGCUUGUUUAUAGAGCUCCUGAAGUUACAGAUUUCAACUGCAACAAUUAUUUUUUAAUGAUUGUGAAUUUCAAUUUAUUUAUUUUUUAUAAUGGUCAUUUUCUUGUGGGAAUUUUUUAAUAUGCAAUCAAUUUGAAUGCUUAAAAUGUUGACUAAGUUUGUAUUGUAGUCAGAAGAGAAAUCUGUGUGUUUCAUUGUGUUCUACGGCACACACUGAACCUUGUCAGUGGAUCCAGAAUUAUAAUACAGUGAGGAUCAUAUCCUAAUCAUUAGAAGUUGUUUAUUGCUGAAAUAUAAUGUACACAACUUUCUCUAUAUAAUAGCUUUGCUAUUUUGUUUUUAAAAGGUUUGACUGUUGUGUCAAUCUGUAUCACAUUUGAUCUAAUUUGAUUAGUAUUAAGUCCUAACUUGUAUCUUCUGCUAAAUGUGAUAUUCAUUUGUUAAUUGUUAUUGUACACACAUGGAACAUUCAUUUUUUUAAAGUUUAAUAUAAAAUGUAUAUCAAAUAGUUGGCCAGGUAUUUUACAAUGUUUGAUUUCAUUCUGUACAUAUGGCUUGUUACACUUUUUAAAAAUAAAAUGUUGAGAUUCUG